AUGUCGUCGCGCCAGCCCAGGUUCAACCAGCAAGCCCUCAUCGACACCACCCCUCUACCCGACGACAUCCCCAAGGUCAAGGAGCUCGGAGCCAGUUCUGCGCCCCUCCUCAGUGCCUCGUUCUUCAUUGGCGCGCGAUGCAAGGCCUACAACGAUGACUACAUGAUGUGCAAGACCGAGGCCAACGGCCGGGGAGAGUUUGACUGCAUGAAGGAAGGCCGUAAGGUCACCAGGUGUGCGGCUAGCGUUAUCAAGGACAUCAACGAGAACUGCCUGGAACAGUUCCGCACCCACUGGCAAUGCCUAGAGAACCAUAACCAGCAACUGUGGAACUGCCGGUCAGAAGAGCGCAAGCUCAACAAGUGUGUAUUCGAGAAGUUGAAAUUGGAGAAGACGAUACCAGAUGCGCCAAAGGGCGAGACCCCAGUCCACCUGCGCACACGCAACAUAUUUGCGACCCACUGA